CCACAUGUGCAAUAUUCCCCACUCAACUCCAUUUUUUCCCACCUCCGUCCUCCUCCACAAAUGGACCACCGGAAAACCACUUUCACCAUCUUCCUUUCCAUCUUUACUCUCGCCGCCGCUACCACCGCCGGCGAUCGCGCUCUCUCGUUCCUUGAACCAACAUGUUCUCAAACCGCUGAUGCAAUUGAAACCUUGAGAAACAGGACACCAGUUGUUUUUCCUCUUCAAAACUUCCAAUCGUGGUCCGAAUCAUGCAGCGUCUGGUCAGCGGCUUGCUCCGAAGAGAUUUUGACCGUUGCGAAACGACCGGAGAACGUACGGUGGUUGAAGAGUUUGAGGAGGAGAAUUCAUGAGCAUCCGGAGCUGGCUUUUGAGGAGUUUGAGACGAGUAAGUUGAUACGAAACGAGUUGGAUAAAAUGGAAAUUAGUUACCGGUUUCCGUUGGCUGUUACCGGAAUCCGAGCCACCAUCGGCACCGGUAAACCGCCGUUCGUCGCCGUCAGAGCCGAUAUGGAUGCUCUACCUAUUCAGGAAGCUGUUGAGUGGGAACAUAAAAGCAAAGUGGCCGGUAAAAUGCACGCUUGCGGGCACGACGCUCACGUAACGAUGCUUAUCGGAGCAGCCAAGAUCUUAAAAUCUCGUGAACAUCUUCUUAAGGGGACGGUUGUAUUGAUCUUUCAACCAGCAGAGGAAGCUGGAAAUGGUGCUAAAAGGAUGAUGGGAGAUGGAGCUCUUGAGGACGUUGAGGCGAUUUUUGCGGCGCAUGUAUCACAUCAGCAUCCCACAGGUGUGAUCGGGUCAAGGCCCGGCCCUCUUCUUGCAGGCUGUGGCUUCUUUAAAGCCGUUAUACAGGGCAGAACCGGAAAUCCUGUUUUGGCUGCCUCUGCAGCUGUCAUAAGCUUGCAGGGGAUCGUGUCCCGAGAAGCAAAUCCACUCGACUCACAAGUGGUUUCCGUGACCACGUUUAUCGGGGGUGAUGAUCUUAAUGUGAUGCCUGAUUCGGUCGUCUUAAAAGGAACACUUAGAGCAUUUUCGAAUACUAGUUUCUACCAGCUUGUUCGACGAAUACAAGAGGUAAUUAUUCAGCAAGCGAGCGUUUUCAAAUGCUCAGCAACAGUGGAUUUUUUCAAGAACCAGUCGACUAUAUAUCCACCAACGGUUAACGAUGAGAAGAUGUACGAACAUGUGAGAAAGGUCGCGACUGAGCUUGUUGGUCCAACGAGUUUUACGGUGGUACCCCCAAUGAUGGGUGCUGAGGACUUCUCGUUUUACUCAGAGGCAAUCCCUGCAGCGUUCUUUUAUAUCGGGAUAAUGAACGAGACAUUGGGUUCGACUCACACGGGUCAUUCCCCGUACUUCAUGAUCGAUGAAGACGUGCUUCCUAUCGGGGCUGCAACUCAUGCUACGAUUGCGGAAAGAUAUCUGAAUGAACACGGGGUUUUUGCUCAAUGAAUGCAGCAGGGGAUACACUGAUCUAAUGCUAGUAUAGCUGGUUGUGUUUUGGUCUGAUCCAAAUCCUGUUCAGAUCUUUAGUUUUUCCAUUAAGCCCUUAAUUAACGGAUAAUGGAUGGUUGUAUGUAGUAAGUGGUGAGUAAAAAUAAUUGUUUACUUUUUGUUA